CUGUAUUCUCUCAACCGCUUAGUACAGUGCUCUGCGUACAGUUCCUGCCCUCUGCCUGGGGCCCACUGGGAGGAUGGCGUUUGCCCCGCCCAGAAUCACAGAUGGCCCCAAAAUGCAGACCAAGAGGAGCACGUGGACGCCCCUGAACCACCAGCUCAUGAAUGACAAGGUGUUUGAAGAGAGGAGGGUCCUGCUUGGAAAAUGGUUUGACAAGUGGACGGACGGGCAGCGUCGGCGGGUGCUGACGGACCUGUUUGAACGGUGCUCCCUGGCCCAGCAGAGGUUCUGCGGCAGAGAGCUUCAAGAGCGGGUGCCCGCCGAGGCCCAGGACUUCACCACCAGGCUCCCGCGGGCACUGGCCCUGCACAUCUUCUCCUUCCUGGACCCCCGGAGCCUGUGCCGCUGCGCCCAGGUGAGCUGGCCCUGGAAGAACCUGGCCGAGCUGGACCAGCUGUGGACGCCCAAGUGUCUGCGCUUUGGCUGGUGCCCUGCCGUGUCCCCGAGACCCCGGGAGCAGGGCGUGUGGAAGGACCACUACGUCGACAUGGUCAAACGGCUGCACGUCACUGGGCCCACGACACCCCCAAGAGAAGACCUGGAGAUCCCCGACGUCCGGCCCGUGGCCAGAGGCACCCCCGAGGGCCCGCCAUCAGCCAGGCGGUGGGCGUCAUCCUGGCCCCCAAAGCAGGCCAGCAGGGCAAAGAGAGACCUUCCGCCGUGGCGAUCCACCGACAGGCAUCCCACCGACACCAUCCGGUUCAACUACCUGGACAAUCAGGGCCUCGGGGAACCGGCCCGGAGGAGGAAGAAGGGAGGGGGAAUGACCCCAGACAUCAGUCGACAGUCAUAUGAGAAGAAAAAGAAAUUGGGCAGCGGGUCUCGCAAACUUCGGAAAGUGAAGUCUCUGAUGUCCCUGGCCACGGACCCCCGCUCCGCUCCAAGAGCCCCCGCCUACCCCCAAGUGCACCCGCCGGGCACCUCAGUAGGCGGGCAGGCACCAAGGCACCAAAACCCGCCCCGUCCACCGCGGUCAGAGUUCCUGACGGGAGGCUGGGGGUCAGCCAGCCUCGCCUGGGUCCAGCCCACACCCUGAGGGACCGCGCGGAGAGACGACUCUUGCCCACAGCCGGUGAUUCUGAGCUCCCUGGGCUCGGCCGGAUUGGGGGAGAGACUGGCUGGGCCGGCUUCUUCUCCAGCUCCUUCAUUCAUUCAUCUAGCCAUCAUUAUUGUUUAAGAAUCUAUUGUGUCAGAGUAUUGUACUGGGCACCCGCUGUAUGCAGAGAGCUGUACUGAUCUUAUGUUUGUGUCUUUAUACUCUAUUGAUACGCACCCCAGCCCCA